AUGCCGUCUUUCUUUAGAAAGCUCACCUCGGGUAUGCUAUGCUUGAGUCCCUCAGGCAAUGACCCUCACUCAGAGACAACAGGUUCUAUCCGAAAGCCAAAGACCCAGCCAGUCCGGAAAAUCCACGAUGAUGAUGGACCAACAUCCAAAGGCUCACACGAUUCCCUGUCCUCCAGUGAUAGUCAAAAGUCCAACUACGUCCUCGAAGUUCUCCGAACCUUCAACAUCAAGCACAUUAAGACUGUCAGUGAUGUUGUCAUGGAGGGCGUCGAAGGCAAGCCUGUCGACGACAAGACCUAUCUAAUGGAACGCAUUAUCCAGCUUGUCGCAGACCUGCCCCUUGAAAGUAGGACCAGCGCCACACUGACCAAUGCUUUUCUUAACCAAUUGUGGACCGACCUUCAACAUCCACCUCCCUCCUAUCUUGGCACCGAAUACACCUAUCGCAAGGCUGAUGGCUCGAACAACAAUAUUCUGUGGCCCCAUCUGGGUGCUGCUAGACAGCCGUAUGCACGUACAGUCCGACCAAGGCUGAUGCAGCCGGUUGCUCGCCCUGACCCGGGCCUCAUCUUUGACAGUCUGUUGGCACGAAAGAAGUUCACGCCGCAUCCCAACAAGAUAUCCAGCGUGCUCUUCUACCUUGCAUCAAUAAUCAUUCACGACAUCUUCCAUACCAGUCACCGAGAUUUUAGCAUCUCCGAGACCUCAUCAUAUCUCGAUCUUGCCCCUCUCUACGGCAACUCCGUUGAAGAGCAACAUUCCGUCCGAACACUGCAGGAUGGUAAGCUCAAGCCUGACUGUUUCUUUGAUAGGCGGAUUCUGGGCUUCCCUCCAGGCGUUGGGGUCCUGCUCAUCAUGUUCAACCGCUUUCACAAUCAUGUUGCAGCGCAUCUCGCCUCAAUUGACCAAGGUGGACGUUUCUCCAGUAUACUUCACCCGCCAGGAAAGCCCAGACCUGCAAAUGCCGAAGAGCUCUACGAUGAUGCUCUGUUUCAAACUGCAAGGCUUGUCACAACUGGCCUCUACAUAAAUAUCAUCUUGAACGACUACGUCAGAACCAUUCUCAAUCUAAACAGAGUCGACAGCCAUUGGAAUCUUGAUCCCAGAUCGGAGGAGGGCAAGGCUCUCCUCGGCCAUAAGAUCCCAGAGGCUACAGGCAAUUCUGUCUCUGCCGAAUUCAACCUGGUGUAUCGCUGGCAUUCGUGUGUCUCUCAGAGAGAUGAGCAGUGGACUGAAGAUGUUUACACCAAAUUGUUGGGAAGGCAAUCCACCCAGUCGCUUGGGGACUUCCUGGGCAAACUUGGCGAGUGGGCGCAAAAGCUACCAGCUGAUAUUCUGCAGCGCGACUUUGCCGGCCUUGAGAGAUCUGCCGAUGGCAAGUAUUCAGACGACAAACUUUCAGCUAUUUGGACUUCUUCGGUCGAAGAUGUGGCUGGGAGUUUCGGAGCACAACAUGUCCCCGAGAUCCUAAGGAACGUUGAAAUUCUCGGAAUAAUACAAAGCAGAUCUUGGAACCUCGCAAGCUUGAACGAGUUCCGGGAGUAUUUCAAAUUGGCUCCUCACGAAUCAUUUGAGAGCAUCAAUCCGGAUCCCGUAGUGGCAGAGCAAUUACGUCGGCUGUAUGGCCACCCUGACAAUGUCGAGAUCUACCCCGGCAUAAUUGUCGAAGCCGCAAAAGAACCCAGAGUGCCUGGCAGCGGUCUCUGCACCAACUUCACCAUAUCCCGGGCAGUUCUGUCCGAUGCUGUUGCGCUGGUCAGAGGUGAUCGUUUCUAUACUGUCGAUUAUACGCCCCAAGCACUUACCAACUUUGGCUUCAACGAAGCCAGCUAUGAUCCCGCCAUCAAUUACGGGUGUGUCCUCUACAAGCUUGUCCUCAAUGCCUUCCCGAACAACUAUCAGCAAAAUUCCAUAUACGCUCAUUACCCUCUCGUUGUGCCAGAUGAGAACAAGGCUAUUCUCACACGAUUGAAGAAGGCCGAUCUGUACAACUUCGAAAAGCCAGUGGACGUCUCUGCUGUGAUCACUCUCACUUCUCAGCAAACAAUCAAGAGCGUGAUUGGCAACACGACGGAUUUUCAUCCCACCUGGAAUCCUCAAAUUUUCUCGCCCACCCGCGGGCCCGUCAAGUCUGAGCAUCAACAUCCACUCUUGGCCCAGCAACUGGUAGCCAGCAAGGGCUUGGAAAGUGCGACCGCUUCAUUCUAUAAGGAUGCCAUUUCCACUCUGCUGAAGACGCAAGCAUAUCAAGUUGCCGGCAUCAAGCAAGUCGAUAUUCUUCGAGAUGUCUUGAACAUCGUCCACGCGCGAUUUACCGCGAACUUGUUUCUGUUGCCUCUCAACACCAAAGAACACUCCAAGGACGGGUACGGUGAGGUAGAUCUAAUCUCGCUACUGUCAGCGGUAUACUCAAGUGUGAGUGCGGAACAUAGCCCUGCUCGUCGUUUCGUGAUUACGAAAAUAAAGCAAAAGGAUAUAAGACAAUUGGCCGAGCGGAUCCAAGAUGAGGUUGACAGUGUGGUAAAGGGGAGCUUCGGGCUUCACUCGCAUUCUACAGUCCAACUUCGCAAUCUUGCGGUGCAAGCCGUCCAAGCCGUGUCCCAAAAUGGACUGUCGGUCUCUGACAUUGUGUGGACGCAGAUCUUGCCCCUGGCGGCCAGAUCCUUUGUUGCUCAGUCCCGGUUCUUCGCCGAGAGCCUGGAUCAUUUCCUUGGAGAAGGCCAAGGGCAAGCACAGUCCUUUGUUGAUGCCAAUUAUACCGCCGUGCCAGAAAAGAUACAAGAGUAUAUCAGCAGAAGUUCUGGCAAGCAACGAUCCGCUCCAGUGUCGAAAAAGGCCGUGGUAUCUGCAACUAUUCAAGACGGGGAGCGACAAGUUGAAAUUUUGCCUGGACAGCUGGUACUCUGCGACCUUGUAAGUCAUCUCCGAGAGAUUCUUGCUGUGUUCAAAACUUGCUAA